AUGUUGUUUUUGUUGUUUUUGUUAGUUGCUCCCAUCUACGCUGGUCUUAUUUUACCAACUAAACCAUCAAAUGAUCCAUUUUACAAUGCCCCCGCAGGGUUUGAAAAAGCUGCUGUUGGUGAAAUUUUACAGUCUAGAAAAACACCCAAACCCAUCACUGGUGUUUUCGUCCCAGUUAAGAUUCAAAACUCCUGGCAACUUUUAGUCAGGUCUGAAGAUUCAUUCGGUAAUCCAAAUGUGAUUGUCACUACUGUUAUGGAGCCAUUCAAUGCUGACCCUUCCAAACUCGCUUCAUAUCAAGUCUUUGAAGAUUCCGCUAAAGCUGAUUGUGCCCCCUCCUAUGCUCUUCAAUUUGGUUCUGAUGUGACUACUAUAGCCACCCAAGUUGAAACGUAUUUAUUGGCACCAUUAUUGGACCAAGGGUACUAUGUUGUUUCCCCAGACUAUGAAGGUCCUAAACUGACAUUCACUGUUGGUAAACAAUCCGGUCAAGCCGUGUUAAACUCCAUCCGUGCAGCAUUAAAGUCUGGGAAAAUCACUAAUCUUGCUGAGGAUGCUAAAGUUGUUAUGUGGGGAUACUCUGGUGGCUCAUUGGCCUCAGGCUGGGCCGCUGCUUUGCAACCAAACUAUGCACCAGAAUUGGGUGGUAACUUAUUGGGUGCUGCUUUAGGUGGAUUUGUUACUAAUAUUACUGCUACAGCAGAAGCCACUGACGGUACUGUCUUUGCAGGGAUUAUGGCAAAUGCCUUGGGUGGUGUUGCAAAUGAGUACCCCGAAUUCAAACAAAUCUUGCAAAACGACACCGACAAACAGUCUGUGUUUGAUCAAUUUGAUAAUCAUUGCUUGGCUGAUGGUGUGAUCAAUUAUAUUGGUAAGCACUUUUUAUCUGGCACCAACAAAAUCUUCAAAUCCGGCUGGAAUAUUUUAAAGAACCCAACAAUUUCUAAAAUUGUUGAGGAUAAUGGUUUGGUUUAUCAGAAACAGCUAGUUCCAAAAAUCCCCAUCUUGAUCUAUCAUGGUGCUAUUGACCAAAUUGUCCCUAUUGUCAACGUAAAAAAAACUUAUCAAAAUUGGUGUGAUGCUGGUAUUGCUUCAUUGGAAUUUUCUGAAGAUGCGACUAAUGGUCACAUCACUGAAACCAUUGUUGGCGCUCCUGUUGCUUUGACUUGGAUCAUUAAUAGAUUCAAUGGAAAACAAACCGUGUCUGGCUGUCAACAUGUUAAAAGAACAAGUAACUUUGAAUAUCCAAACAUCCCACCUUCAAUUCUUAAUUACUUUAAGGCUGCAUUGAAUAUACUCAUCCAAAAAGGACUUGGACCUGAUAUUCAAAAGGAUCAAGUUAAUCCUGAUGGUUUGAAAAAGAUUCCAAUACUUGUAUAG